AUGGCCUACCAACCUUCACAAAACCAAACCUACUACCCGCAACAGCAAACCUCUUAUCCACAAUAUUCCCAAGAGGGAUACGGUGCCAACACAAAUUAUAGCGGACAAGAUACUUCAUAUGGCCACGACACAUCAUACGGCCACGACCCAUCAUAUAAUACCGGUUAUUCAUCACCCGGAAGUGCCUACCCUCCCCCAACAUCCAACACACAAAAUCCUUACGACACUCCAUUCGAUGACCCACAGCCCUACCAACAACCGCCAACAAACUAUUACUCGUCAUCAUACCCAGAAGAUUACGCAUCGACUGUACAGUUACACAAUGGUGGGGGAGAUAAUCGAGAUGCACCCGUUCCGUCCAAACCAGCUGAUUACGGUGGCAGAGAGUCGGAAUUAUACUCUAAAGAAUAUGGUGGUUCCGGGCCCCUCGACCGGGGGAAGAAGAAAAAGUAUAAAUUCAUGAGUGGCAUUUGUUGUUGCAAAGGAUGUGGCAAGUGGUGUGGCAUCAUUUGCUGCAUUAUAUUUCUGGUUAUCUUGGCAUUGGUUAUUACAGUAUUAGUACUCGGAAAGAGACCUACGGUUCAGUUCUUGGGUACGACACCAUCGCCUGAUGGAAAGCCGUCAUAUGUAAAUAAGGGUACCGCAUUAGAUUUUAACUUGGGACUUCGGUUUAAUGUCAUAAAUCCAAACAUCAUUGGAGCGACGUUCUCCAGGAUACAAGCAACGGCAUUCUAUCCUGGUCAUAAUAACCCGAUUGGGGGUGGUCGUCUAGACAACGUACAGAUCAAGGCUAAAUCCAAUACGACGUUAAAUUUCCCCUUCUCAAUCAACUAUAAUUCAACAGAUGAUCCCAACCUGGCUAUCAUCAACGAUAUAGUCAAGAAGUGUGGUCUCACUGGUAGCAAGCCACAGCCAAUCCAAAUCAAUUAUACGUUGAAACUCAGCCUGAAAGUACUAGCAAUCCCAUUCACGAUUAGUUCUAAUCGCGAUACAAACAUUAAUUGUCCGAUUCAGGAUGGAAAAGUACCAGCAAUACCUGGUCUUGAUAUCGGAUCCCUGGGCAAUUCAAUCGGCCAGAGAAUAAAACUCUAG